GGACUCCGGGAUGAACGGGAGAGCUGGGAGGUGGCGCGACGCGGGCGCCAUGUUUAUCCCCGCGAUAGGAGGGCCGAUUCCAGUGGGCGGAGCCUUGGAGGCCCUAACCCUGGAGAGGCGGAGUUGAAUGAGGUUGUGCCUUGUCCCCUAAGGAAGAAAGAAGAUGGCUUGUGCUGAAUAUUCUUUUCAUGUGCCAAGUCUAGAGGAGCUUGUUGGAGUCUUGCAGAAGGGGCUAACGGAUAACUUUGCUGAAGUCCAGGUCUCUGUAGUUGAUUGCCCUGAUUUAACUAAGGAGCCAUUUACCUUUCCUAUAAAAGGUAUCUGUGGAAAAACUAGAAUUGCAGAAGUAGGAGGUGUGCCUUACUUACUGCCUCUUGUAAAUGAAAAAAAAGUUUAUGAUUUAAAUAAGAUUGCAAAAGACAUCCAGCUUCCUGGAGCUUUUGUUCUUGGAGCAGGAGCAGGCCCAUUUCAGACUCUUGGAUUCAAUUCUGAGUUUAUGCUACUUGUUCGAACAGAAGGUGAACACAAACCUCCUGUGAAUGGAAGUUACUUUGCUCGUGUUAACCCUGCAGAUGGAGGGUGUCUACUAGAGAAAUACAGUGAGAAAUAUCAUGAUUUUGGGUGUGCAUUACUGGCUAAUCUUUUUGCCAGUGAAGGCCAACCUGGGAAGGUCAUUGAGGUGAAAGUCAAAAGAAGAACUGGAAAACUUAACUUUGUGACAUGUAUGAGGCAGACUCUUGAAAAACAUUAUGGAGAUAAGCCUGUAGGAAUGGGAGGUGCUUUCAUAAUUCAGAAGGGAAAAGUGAAGACUCACAUUAUGCCUGCAGAAUUUUCUUCCUGUCCAUUGAACUCUGAUGAAGACGUGAAUAAAUGGUUGCGUUUUUAUGAGAUGAAGGCUCCUUUGGUUUGUCUGCCAGUUUUUGUCUCCAGAGACCCUGGGUUUGAUUUGCGGUUGGAGCACACUCAUUGUUUCAGUCAUCAUGGAGAAGGUGGACACUACCAUUAUGACACCACUCCAGAUAUAGUGGAGUACCUCGGAUACUUCUUACCUGCCGAGUUUCUCUAUCGCAUUGAUCAACCAAAAGAGACCCAUUCAUUUGGGCGAGAUUAAAUCAUCUGGUACUUGUUUAGAAAAAAGUAAUAAUUAACUAAGGUUAAUUGAUUGAUUAACUCAUUAAUUGAUACUAAUAUAAAGUCUAAUAGAAAUGAUCUCACUACUUAAGCCCUAUUUUGGGGGGCCUUUAAAAUGAAAGUUAUGUUAACAUUGGGUUCUGUGUUUUCACAGAUCUAUCUGAGAGGGACUAUUGGGAACACAAUACACAUGAUGGAGAUGUUCUUCAUUAUUUUUAAUCUAAAAAUCAUUCUUAUGUUUAUAAUUAAGUAUAAACAUGAUUAAGAAUUAAGUGAUUAUUCCUACUGCUAAGUCGCUUCAGUUGUGUCUGACUCUGUGUGACCCCAUAGACGGCAGCCCACCAGGCUUCCCCGUCCCUGGGAUUCUCCUGGCAAGAACACUGGAGUGGGUUGCCAUUUCCUUCUCCAA